AUGGCAAGUAGAUUGAGAUGUGCCACAGAAUUGCAUAAUUCUGUCGGUAUCUAAGCAUAGUUCUGAAGGCAGGCAAGCUCAGAAUGUUGUUUCAUGUACAGGUGCUCAAGCAAAGGCAUCACUUUUUUAUUUAGUUUUGGUUUUUGUUUGAAGUAAAGAGACUGAAAAGUAUGAGAUGGUGGGAGCUGGGGAGAGAUGAAUUGGGAGAGGUGGAGAUGCUAUUUACAUCUCGAGACAGAUAGAUUGAGGAAGUGAGAAGAGUGAUGUGGAGAGACAGUGCUAGAUUUCGGAUAAUCUUCUUUUAAAGGCUAAUCUUUCUGGUUGGUGGGGCUUUUAAUUAUGAACAUCACAGGAAAAUACAGGGUGAGAUUUUUUGGUAAUGUGGAAGGGUGUAUUAUGGUAUAUGCUAUUUUUGGUCUUCUGGAUUACAGCUACGGGCUACACCAUCUUUGUGUGGUACAUAGUUUAUGUGCGUGGGGUUUCUGAGAGGUCAUGCCUUUCAGUAGUUUUUUUAUUCCAUUGGUCUGGGAUAUGGAAGGAUCCUACCUUCUUCAUUCCCUUAUGAUUUGAAAUAGUCAAUUGCCGGAACCUAUCUCCCUUGCUGCCAUUCUGCUCUUCUGCUGAAAAUUUGAUUCCCUAUUAACAGGAGAUCGCUCUCACGCCUUUGAAAUUCGCCACCGUCUCUCUUAUUUGCAGUUUCUCCACUCUGAAUGCUUCCGUCCCCAUAUGACUCGCAUGGUGCCUCUCACAAAGUCCCCUUUUUUCUUCCUUGCUGUUCUUUGUAAUUCAUGGAAUAUGACGUUCCUUACUAAAUGUUUUGUGUCUGAUUUCUCCUUUACAAUGUUUGACUCCAUCACAAUCGUUUGUCUCGAACUGUGAAAGGUUUUUUGGGUUUGCUAGUAGGGGGAUAUAACCAGAUGAUGUAAUGCAUAAUGAUUUGGUAUAACCAGACUGGCCCUUUCCAGUUCCAAUCUGGCAUCCUGGAUCUUAUUUGGUUAUGCUUCGAUUAUUCUUUAGCUUCAGAUGGGAGGCCUGAGCACCGUGGAAACCAUGACUGCUGUGUUUACAAACUGGGCCUUGGGAGAAGGGGCUAUUAUUUGGUAUUUCGAGGAACAUACUUUGUUGAGUUCCUAAUGCACGUGUCUAUUUACCUAUCGCUGCUUUCAGUUUCUGUGAUUGGUGGGAUCCAUCACUAGCCUGAUUCAUCGUUUUCCAGCCCCUCCUGCCAAUAUCCACAAAUUGUGGUAUGGGGAAGUGAUAGUCUGCAUUUGUGUCGUGUCAAAGUAAUGUUCUAUGUGUGGGCUGGCAGCAACAAUUAUCUUUUCUCUGUUGAACUUGCACUUCCUGACGAUAAUGCACAUACUCUAGGCUUUAUUUAAUCAAUUUAUUGGAUAUCCUUCUCGUAAGUUCCUACCAAUCAUUUUUGCAGAUAUUAUGUCUGGGGAGAAACCCUAGGCAUUUUCAAACUUUCAGUGUUCCUCAUUUGAAAGGUGAACUUGUCUGCCAUUUUGAAGUAUGGAAUAGAGUAGAUUUAUUUUUUGCAGCCACUGAUAAUGAAAGUUCGUUUCUCCAGGUGGUCAACUUGAAACGAACAUCAGGUUAGUAGUAAAAUGCUUGCUCACCUGUCAAUUUGUUUUGCUUAGCUUUAGUUGAUCCAACAACUGUGACUAACCUGACUUUAGCUUCGAGAAACGUUUGUCCCCACUUCACCUUUCGCUCAGUUUUUAUUUAUUUAUUUUUAUUUAUGUUAUUUAUGAUGUAAAGGAUGGUUGAGCUCUUCCAAGCCACUUCUGCACAACGCUGGAGCAGGUCAUUUGCAUCAGAUAAUGGUCUCUAUGACGCUUCCUUUUCAUCAAAUAUUUUGGAAAGGAAAUUAAUGUUCUUCGCAAGAAUAUGCUCUUGACACCCUUUUUUGUCCCUUGUUCUUUCUCAAUGAAGGUGAACUAGUCGAUGCAGUCGUUCCCUUCAUGGGAGAAUCUAUAACCGAUGGCACACUCGCAACAUUUUUGAAGCGUAUGUUCUACUAUAAACCCUAGCGGGGUGCUGCAUAUGUAUUCCAAACCCCAGUUAUUCGUCUAGUAUGCUCUAUCUAUGAGCUUAGUGUGUUCUCUUGUACCGGAUUGGUUUUUAUUGAUAUACUCUUCUGUCUGUACCUAUGAAAUUAGAAGAAGCUCGAAUGCUGUGCUCAUUAUUGCUCUGAUUUCAUGUCUGCCCACAUUUUCUAAUAUGUUGAAACAGAGCCUGGUGACCGUGUUGCAGUGGAUGAACCGAUUGCUCAGAUUGAAACGGACAAGGUUUCUUUAUCGACUUGAUGAGCAGUUUUCCAAAUAUUAUAUCUGAUCUUCGUUGGAAAUUUAUUUAAUCAUGAACUAUUCUUUCCUCACAGGUUACCAUUGACGUUGUUAGCCCCGAAGCUGGUAUCAUCCAGAAGGUGAACCGCCUUUGUUCUGUGUACAUCAGCUUUCUCGUCACAGAGUUUUAUCAUGGAUAAGUUCUGUUAAUAUUAAUGGAUCUGAUCCUUUGAUUUUGAGCAGUUUGUGGCCAUAGAGGGAGAAACUGUCACACCAGGAACCAAAGUUGCUGUGAUUUCUAAAUCAGAUGCAGGCACGACUCAUGUUGCACCAUCAGAGGAAAAAAUCGCUAAGGAUAUCCCCAAGGCACCUCCCGCGGAGGUGCAGGGUUCCGAGAAGAAAAAACCUGUACCAGAAACUCCUGUAAAAGAGAAGCCCAAAGCAGCUUCUCCUUCACCUUCUAGAACCUCUGCGUCAGAACCUCAGCUUCCUCCCAAAGAAAGAGAAAGGCGUGUAAGUCUUCUCAGCACACCUAUGGCGUUUGAUACAAGUUGAGGUUGAAUCCUGUGUCCUGUUAUUUAUCCAUAUUCUUUUGUGUGGAUUUAAUUUUAAUUUUAGGUUCCCAUGACAAGACUUAGGAAACGGGUUGCAACUCGUUUGAAAGAUUCUCAGAAUACGUUUGCAAUGCUGACUACAUUUAACGAAGUUGACAUGUAAGCCUUGAAAAAACGCUGGAUUCUCUUGUUAUAUAUUUUUGUCUUUGAUUGUGAAAUUUCGUAGAUGCAGGUGACUGUGUGUGCACGCUUCUAUGGUUUUCUAAAGAAAUAUAGACAAACUAACAAAUUUUCAUGUGACUGGUUGAAAACGUCAGGACAAACUUAAUGAAACUUCGGUCUGAGUACAAAGACGCCUUUGCGGAAAAGCAUGGCGUCAAAUUGGGUCUUAUGUCUGGCUUUGUGAAGGUAUGCAUAGUCAAAAAUAUUUGGCAACCGAUUUUCUGUUCUUGGUUUUAUUCUUCACUGUUUUAUAUUUAUGAACAGGCUGCUGUCAGUGGACUCCAAAACCAGCCAGUUAUUAAUGCAGUGAUUGAUGGGGAUGAUAUCAUUUACCGAGAAUAUGUUGAUAUCAGUAUUGCAGUUGGUACUCCAAAGGUUUGUCUUUGAACCCUACCCACCCGUUUCAUCUUAACUCAAGAUUUCCAAUGCUCAUUGAUUUCUUACUGUCAGCGCUACCCCCAUUUAUCUGUGUAGCAUCAACUAAAAGUUGAUACAUUUAAGCUAGUUUGAUCUAUUUCGAUUGUGCCGAUAUUUACCAUCAAGCCUUCAUCUGCCAAUGCUGACAUCCUCUCUAAUUUCCAUCCACAUACUACCCCCCCAGAUCCCCAGAGAAGGUUCUCUUCUGGUGCAUAGGAAGUUAGCAUAGGAUAUUUCUGCUGUACAAUCUAUGUUUGCAGCCUGGUUGGAAAGCUAAAUGGGGGAAAACAGCAUUUCGGAUAGAUAGAUGAUUUAAUUCGUGAUAAACCAUGUACAAUUCGUGAGAUGCAGGCCAAAAAGCCGAUAUAAUAUAAUUCGUGAGUUGCAGUCAAUUGGAAGAGUUUAUGGGAUGAAGCCAAAACCUAUUCGGAAAGCUUCUGAGAUCAAGUCCAUCUGUGAUUUCUGAGACGAAAGCAUCAUAUUUGGGAGUCUGUGGGAUGAAUUCUUGUUCAAGAGGCUAUUGGGAUGGGGUGUCCUCGGUUUGUGAGAUGGAUCUCCUCCGAGCGAGAGUCCAUGAGUUUAAAAUUCGUUUGUAUGCGUGCAUGAGUUUAAUGAACCUCUGCGAUGAGGAGGCUCAUUGGGAUACGGAAUGCGGAUGUUUAGAGGCCCAUGGAGAUGGCUGACGGAUGAUGGCCGGGUGACAUGGGAUCUUUCUGACCGCUAGGUUCCAUGUCCACGUGAGUCCUUGUUUAAUGUGGAUGUCUCUGGCCACCUAACUCCCUCCAUGGGACUCUGAACCCACCCACGGAGUAUCUUGAUUGGAUCUUGACCACUGGUUCUGGGGCCUCAAGAUCCUGCUGAAUCUUUGCUUAUAAAUGGGAGGGAGAUUCUGGUAAAUGGGCCUGGAGCAUGGGGCUAUGCUGGUUGAGAUCUUUCCUUCUUUCUGAACUUGUGCUUGAACCAUGUUUUUUCUAGCCACUCUGAAAGAAGGAGAUAUCUAGAUGGUCUGUUGCACACCCCGUUGCCCAGAAAUUCACCCUCGCCAUCCUCCCAGGGGCUCGUCGUUCCAGUCAUCCGCAAUGCUGACAGGAUGAAUUUCGCGGAGAUUGAGAAGGAGAUCAACACACUGGCCAAGAAGGCGAACGACGGCACAAUAUCGAUUGACGAGAUGGCUGGGGGCUCCUUCACUAUCUCCAACGGCGGUGUCUAUGGGAGCCUCCUCAGCACGCCCAUCAUCAACCCUCCUCAGGUACCCCGCCCCCGUGAAUUAGAAUCGAACAGUUGACCUCCGACAGGAUCGCUCCUUGUUCGGGGGGAAAUCAGAAUUCAGACCCGGCUGCAGAUCCAUCCGAGAUUGGCCCGCAAGGAUUUUCUUACAGUUACAGGCAUUGAUCAAAACAUGAACUCGUCUUUGAAUUGCAGUCGGCCAUCCUGGGGAUGCACUCCAUCGUGUCCCGCCCGAUGGUCGUCGAUGGCAGCGUCGUGCCGAGGCCCAUGAUGUACAUCGCACUGACGUACGACCACCGGCUCAUUGACGGAAGAGAGGCGGUGUUCUUCCUGCGACGCAUCAAGGACGUCGUUGAGGACCCUCGCCGGCUGCUCCUGGACAUAUGA